UAGACAGGUUUAAGAGCUCGAAUUAAGCACAGCCCCCAGGAACAUUGACUGGACAUAAAACCAGCAGCAGUGCAAUCCACUUUAAUACACAAAUAUUAACAGAAUUAAAUUAUAUAACCCCUAUAAAAAACUCAAGUCCCAAUAAGUUUACAAUGGCCAUCACAAAUCCCACGCAAAUGAUAAUGCUCGGCUAUUGCUGCCUGGGCCUGGUGCUGACCCUCACCGAAGCCCUGCCCCGCUACAGUCGGCGCGGAGAUCUUCGACCCGCGGCGAGUCUCAACAGCUUCGCCUAUGCCCCCCGGCCCCAGGAGCCCAUGACACUGACAGGGAACUAUAACCUCAUCAUGCCCGACUACUACGAUCACAAUCCAUCGGCGUCGAUGCAGCUGCAGAACUUUGCCAACUUCUACGACGCCCAGGUGAGCCCGGGCGCCGACUUGGGCAUGGAGGAGUCCCAGUUUUUGGACAGCACAGUCGUCAGGCCACCACAGCCCCUUUCGGCGGCCGAGCGACGCAUCCGCCAGCAGGUGCCGUCGGUGGACAUUGGACGCGAGAAGAAGUCACUGCUCAAGCUGAAGAAGGGCAGCACCCAGCCCCGUGGAGCCGACUACCAGGAGUGGGACCAGUUCGACUACGAUCUCUACAGCCUCAAUCCCGGCGAGAACAAGAAGUACAAGCACGAUGCCUAGAUUGAUGGCUCUGAAUUGGAAUCGGAAUCGGAACCGAGGGCCACUUUUAUGGCUCGACUGUUUAUGAAAUUGUUGCUGUUUUUUUUGUUUUCUCUUUGUUAAGCGCCAAAAUAAAUUAUUUAUUU